AUUGGAAACGGUCAAUUUACUCGUCGUGAUGUCAGCGAGUUUUAGGUGCUUGAGGAGAAUGCCUGAGUAGUUGCGGUCUGGCUCUGCCUCACCAAUGACGGUCUCUCCAUGUUGCAUGUCCUUCAGUUCGGCGUGUGGCUUCUUAAAUUGCCAUCACGGAUUCCGAUUUGGAAGCAAAUCGAGCCGGUGGGCUGCUCGUCCUGCGGCUCACAGUCGGCCAAACCGCGGUGCUGUCGUGCCAAGCGCGCGGAGCUGUCCAACAACUUUAUGCGCGACAUGGAGUGCCGAGUGCUGUCCAUCCAGAGUCAUGUAGUCAGGGGCUACGUGGGCAACAAAUCUGCGUCCUUCCCUUUACAGGUGAUGGGCUUUGAAGUGGACUCCAUCAACUCAGUACAGUUCUCCAACCAUACAGGUUAUGCACACUGGAAGGGGCAGGUAGUGACGGCGGACGAGCUCCACGUGCUGUAUGAGGGGAUCAAGCUCAACAACGUCAACCACUAUGACUACGUACUCACAGGUUACACCAGGGACACGUCUUUUUUGGAGAUGGUGGUGGACAUUGUACAGGAACUGAAGAUGGCUAAUCCUAAUCUUGUAUACGUGUGUGACCCUGUCCUGGGUGAUCAUGGUUCAAUGUAUGUGCCUCAGAAUCUAUAUCCGGUCUAUAAGGACAAAGUGGUACCAGUAGCAGAUAUCAUCACACCUAACCAGUUUGAGGCAGAGCUUUUGACAGGAAAGAAUAUCAGCACAGAGAAAGAUGCAGUAGAGGUGAUGGACUUGCUCCAUAAUAUGGGUCCGGACACAGUGGUGAUCACCAGCUCUGAUCUGCCACCACGCCUCGGAGACCGCUUCCUUGUUUCACUCGGCAGUCAGCGCAUUGUGAUGCCGGACGGCACGUUCACCACCCAACGGAUCAGGAUAGAGGUGCCCAAAGUAGACGCUGUGUUUGUUGGGACGGGUGAUCUGUUUGCUGCUAUGCUAAUGGCUUGGACACACAACUACCCAACAGACCUGAAGAUGGCGUGUGAGAAAACCUUCUCCGUCAUGCACCAUGUUAUUCAGAGGACCAUUUCUUAUGCCUUCGAGAUGGCAGGUCCUGGAAAAAAACCCAGCCCGGCUCAGCUUGAGCUAAGAAUGAUUCAGAGCAAAGCAGACAUCGAGGAUCCAGCCAUCGUAAUGGAGGCCACUGUUCUAUAGAAACUCCACGUACACACACACACACACACACACACACACACACACACACACCAUUCCCCUCUUCCCUAUACCACAAUCGCACAAUGUAUAGAUGUUGUACAUUUUUGGAUCUGUAAUGUGACAUUGCCUUAGAAAUCUUGAACAGAGCACAACAUUUCAUUCGGAGGGAGAAAUAGCAGGGUACGGCCACAUCGACGAGCAGCAGAGAGAGAGAGAUAACGAGAAUGACAGAAUGCUGUGAUGAAAGAGAGGAAAGAGAGAAAAAUCUCUUUUUUUCUUUCAGCUAUUUUCCUCUCUAACUCUGUCUCCUUCUCUGAGCUCAACUCAAACUCCUGUUUGUCCUGCACAUUGAAGAAGCGGUCAAAUAAAAGUCUCAUCAGAUUUACCUGAACUUCUAUGACGGAAACAAGCUCAAGUGAAUCGUUAAUUAGCAUAUCAUCACACCGUCAUCACUCAUGGAUAUGUGUUUCCUGGACAUUUUGUUCUCAUUAAAUCCUCACAAUAACAUUUCAUGUGAUAAGCCAAGUCUGCCAAAAAAAAAAAAAAACCUUUGGAUGUCCCGCCUGCAUAGAUGUUCAGGGGAAAAAAAUACUGUGAUUGUUAGUUUAUUGCAUGAAUAGCUUUUAAAAAAAAGGUUUUUAAUGUCUCUUACCAUGUUUUUAUUUUACAUCUCAUAUACAUGCUUAAAAUAUGAGACUAGCAUUUCAGCAUGUUAUUUUUAAACAGUCUUAGAAAUGUCUAUGCUGCUGUUGUUUCAUUUCAUGUUUUGAAAGUUUACAAGAAGGAAUAUUUUAUAAGAAAUAAUUUAAUGCUAGGUUUCCUAGCUACCUAUUGUUAUGUAAAAAUAGGCUUCAGUGUUGCUAGCAAGCUAGCUAAUAUUUGGUAUUGUAUUGUUUGAACCAGUUGCUAGCAAGCUAGGUAACUUUUGGAUUAAUAUUAUAUUGCAAGUAUCAGUAAUCAGUGUUUCUAGCAAGCUAGUUAACCCUAGGCUAACUUCUAUAUUGUGUAACACAAGAUUGAUUUGUGAAUUGGCGAAGGUGCUAAUUGUCAUUGCUUAUAUUUUGUUUACUAUUCUUUCAUAUCAUGAAGGAUUAAGACUGAUUUCUAAAAUCAGUUUUAGCCUUUUAUUUAUAUGAAAAAUUCUCUUUUUAUUAAAAAAAAAAUCUCUAUUUCUAUCUCUUUAUUCUCUGGUUUUUUUUUUCCUUCAUCAACUGGACUCCAUAGCUUAGAUUAUUUUUCUCCAUGUUUCUGUACUGUUGUUUUAUUCAUCCAUGUGUGCGUGACAUUUUUUCUUACUACGGAUCUGUGAUCCAAGCUUGUGUUCUGUCAGAAAUCUUGUUCAUGUGCAGGACCAGUCAGGUUUCAGUGUUGCUCUCGAUGUUGCACUUCCUCCUCACCUUUUCAUAAAAGCGAUGAUGUAUUAAA